AUGUCAGGCCUUGCACAGCUGCUCCUGUCCAGCAGUGUCUCUAGGCCACACCAUCAGCUAUCACGAUCCGAUCCAGGCGAUAUCGACCCCCUUGGCGCGCAACAGCGAAGAGGACUUAUCGCAGUCUCAUGCAUUGCAGCUGUUUCCCUGCUAGCAACAUGUUCCCUGCUCUGCUUCCUUACAUACCGGUUCAUAUUCUGGAAGAAAUACUACCAGCGCCCUCUCGGACACAACCAUUACGUCGUCCUCGUCUAUAAUCUCGCCCUGGCAGACGCCCAACAAUGUCUAGGGUUCAUGAUCAGCCUGCGCUGGCUCGAUAAAAACGCCGUGACUGCAGACAAUCCCUUUUGCUUUCUCCAGGGUGUGUGGCUUCAGAUAGGGGAUCCCAUGAGCGGACUGUUCGUGCUGGUCAUCGCAGUGUACACCGCACUGCGCGUGAUGCGCGACUACCAUAUUAGCCAUCGCCUGUUCGUGACGGUUGUCGUGAGCCUCUGGGUAUUCGGGAUCUUGCUAUUCAUCAUCCCAAUCGCUGUUCUUGGUCGCUGGGCGUGGCUUCCUGCGGUCGCAUGGUGCUGGAUUGCCCCCGGCCAGCUGGCGUUAUGGGUAUGGACACACUACUUCUGGAUCUUCCUCACCCAGUUCGUCACUCUCCUGCUCUACGCCGCACUCUUUAUCCAGGUGCGACGUAGAAUCGCCGAGUGCGCAGACCUAGGAGGCCGCCGAGCAAGUCUGCGCAAUAUGCACCGCGUCGCCAGUUACAUGGUCAUAUACCCAAUCAUAUACACAAUCCUGACCGUUCCGCUCGCUGCGGGCCGCAUGGCUAGCCUAGCCGGACAUACGCCGAGUAUUACAUACUUUUGCGUUUCCGGCUCCAUGAUGACAUUGUCCGGGUUAUUCGAUACGGUGCUUUAUACAUUGGCCCGGAAACAGUCGGUGCUGGAUUCAGAACGGAGGGGGCUGAGUAGUACUGCGUCGGAUUUGCUGGGAAGUGGAAAUGGCGUUCAGCAGACUGAUACUGCGUUUGCUAGGACAACUUCCCGUAUUGGUGAGCCCAUCGUGCAGUCGGACUGGGAUGAAGACGUUAUACAAAUUCAUUACUAG